CUCCAUACCCCUAUUUCUAUCUCCUUGCCCCCUUUUCUUAGCUCCCUCAAAACUUAUCCUCUUCACCAUCAGCCCCACCCCGGUACCUAACCCACUUUACCAUUGGUUACUAUCAACAUGUCUUCCCUAUCAAACCUCCCCUCGGAAACCCUCGCCCUCAUCCUAGAAUACCUCGCAGAAUCAGACCUAGCCACCUUGAUCCUAGCGCAGCGGGUAUGCAAACGUUUCCACGGGGCUAUAGACCGUAUACUCUUUCAUAAGCCCCCCUUCUUAUCACAUCCCAUACCGGCACCUGUUGUCGAAACCCCAAAGAAAGUAGAUACUAGAGGUAGUGACAGCGAGAGCGAGAGCGAAAGUGAGAGUGAUGGUGAUACUGGCAGUGACGGUGAAAGUGAGAGUGAGAAUGAGAGCGAGGAUUGUUUCAUCGAGGAAUAUAAAGACGACUUCGCCGACAUUGUAACAGCCCUCCCACCCCUCCUACAGCGUAAUUUCGGACCGCUGUUUGAUAGUACGGCGAUCCUGGGAUUACCUCCCGGAGCGGGCUCGAGUAGCCGCAAACCCCCCACGGAAGUCUUCCGCCGGCUGCCGUGGGUCGCUAAACGCUGCGAUACGGGAGAUGGCGUGCCCCGCGUACGGCAUAUGCGGGAGUGUCCAUUCUUAAGGCCUGAGGCGAGUUGGAGGCGCUUGAGCGCUACUUGGGGGUUAGGAGAAGAGAAUGCGAUUAAGAACUUGGAUGUUAUUAAGGUGGUUACCGUGUAUGGAGGGACGGGUAUGUCGUUUGACCAGUUGGAGAUUCCGAAAACGAGCGGAAGUGAAGGGGGUGAGGAGACGGGGGAGGAAGAAGGUGGCUUAACGCUUGGCUUGCUUUACGAUCUUCUUGCUUCGGGCAAGGGACACUCUGGACAGGCAACGAUGCACUGGCGCGUGUUGCCCAAUCGCCGGCUUAGCAGUUACGACGGUUGGUUACGUGUGCGCGACCGGGAGCGAUAUCCACGCACAGAGUCCAUCGAGCACUUGUUUGUGCCGGAGAUGGGGUCAGCGGUGUUGUAUGUCAAAGCCCAUAGAUCGUGCACGAUGGGCAUGUCUAUGGGGAAACGUAUCGAGAAUCCUGAUGAUGUCCCCUGGUACCCGCGAGUUCUUGGUAAAGAAGAUGAGGUUGUGUUGCAUAUGUGGAAGGGUUGUAAGCCGGAGUGGAAGGAUUUAUUUUGAGUGCUUAUAUCUUAGGUGCUGAUGCCGCAAAUACAAUCAGGAUAACAAGAUAUAGUUUUUCCCAUAUUACUUCAGAGAUAAUCAGAGACUAUUAUGAAUAGCUCCUAUGAAAUUCUACCGAAGUUUUAUGCUACCGGCAAUGUUCGUUCUUGUUCUUGAAUAGUGGGGAUUCUUUCCGUAAAGGGUAAUUAGGAGCGUCAUCCGACCAAUGAGACCUCUCAAUCGCCAAUCUAGCAAACUUCAACUAUAUAGUACCCAGGUAUUUCUUAUGAUUCUAUCCACCGGUGCUCGUGGAGCGAUAUAGUAGGCUAUAUGUAGGCGUUAAGAGGUGCGACUAGAUUCAAAAUUUGUUCUAAAAG